AUGAUUACCAAUACACCUGUGUUAGCAUACUACGACCCGAAGCUAGACGUUACGCUGCAAUGCGAUAGCAGUUCUAAAGGACUGGGAUGUGCGAUCCUCCAACGUGGCAAGCCGUUAGCAUUUGCAAGUUGUGCUCUAACAAAAACUCAAAUGAAUUACAGUCAGUUGGAAAAAGAAAUGCUUUCGAUAGUAUUUUGUUGCAAGAAAUUUCAUCACUACUUAUAUGGGCAAGAAAAGAUCUUAUGUGAAACUGAUCAUAAACCCCUUCAGUCGAUAUUUCUGAAACAAAUUCAUGAAAUUCCAGCUAGACUUCAGAAAAUGCGAUUCGAGUUGACAAGAUACAAUCUGAAUGUUAUUUAUACACCUGGGAAGUAUAUGUAUCUCGCUGAUGCACUUAGCAGAUCAUACUUGAGUGACAGUGACCAAUGUUCUGUUGAAGAUUAUGACAUAUUGUUGUGUGACUAUAUUUCUGUCUCAGACAGUGACAGAGAAGCAAUAGAAUCUGCCAUGAAAUAUGACAAUGAAAUGAACAUGCUGAAACAUGUAGUAAAACAUGGAUGGCCUGAUAAGAGAUAUGAAGUAGAUAUGCAAAUACGUGCAUAUUGGAACUAUAGAGAUGAAAUUACGCAAAUCGAGAACUUAUUGUUCAAAGGAACAAAGUUGAUAAUUCCAAGAGCAAUGCGAAAAGUCAUGAUCGAAAGAAUACACGAAACGCAUCUUGGGACAGUGAAAUGCAAAGCAAAAGCUAGAGAUGCUUUGUUUUGGCCUUCGAUGACCAAAGACAUUGAAGAAAAAGUCAGCCGUUGUGGAAUAUGUGCUCGAUACCAAUCGAGGAAUCCAAAGGAACCUCUAAUUCCACAUGAAAUUCCUGACAGACCAUGGAGUAAAAUAGGAAUUGAUAUUUUCGAGAGAAAGGGACAUUCGUAUCUAAUCUCAGUAUGUUAUUACUCUAAAUGGCCUGAAAUUUCAAAGUUAGAAAAUACGACAAGUCAGUGUGUGAUUGGAUAUUUAAAAUCACAUAUGUCGAGAUAUGGAAUACCAGACGAGGUGAUAAGUGACAAUGCCAGAAACUUUACAAGUUUUGAAUUUGAACAGUUCGCUAAAAGCUAUGGAUUUAAACACACAACCUCGAGUCCGAACUUUCCAAGUUCAAAUGGUCAAGUGGAGCGUUGUAUUCAAACUAUCAAACGGUUAGUCAACAAGAAUGAUCUUGAUCCAAAUUUAGCAGUAAUGGAUUACAAAAAUACGGAACUAGAUGGAGUAGGUCUGUCACCUGCACAAUUGUUCCUGAACCGAAGAUUGAAAACGAAGUUACCCAUUGCUAAGGAACUAUUGAAACCUGACAAUUCUAAAGAAAUAUCAGAGAAACUCUCAAAACGUCAGCAGAAACAGAAAUUUUAUUAUGAUCGGCAUGCGCAAAGAAAAGCCUUGAAACCACUUCAAAAUGGUGAAAAUGUAAUGUUUCGUCAUAAUGAUAAAUGGCAAGAAGGAAAAGUGAAAUCGAAACAUGACACUCCGAGAUCUUAUAUUGUGGAGAACAAGGAUGGAAAACAAUAUAGGCGAAAUCGCAGACAUUUGAGAUCUAGCAAGGUACCGGUUCAAAUUGAGCCUGAUAUUCCGCCACAAGCAUCCUUAGAUAACAAUACGCAAAAUAUGCAAAACGCAUCCGAGCCAGAACAACAACAACAUACAGACACACACAUCUCGGAAAACCUGCCAAAACCUACGAUUACGACGAGAUCUGGUAGAGAAAUCAAGCAGCCAAGCAGAUUUCGUGAUUAUGUUGUUAGUGCAGUAGAUAAGAUGAAAAGUGUUAUUUCUAGUGGUUAA